AUGCUAGAAUCACAACCUCAAGCUUUCUUCCUUGGUUUAAGGAUGAUCAAGGCGAUACUGGUGAUAAAUAAUCAUGGUAAACCACGGCUGCUCAAAUUUUACCAGUAUUAUACAGAGGAGAUGCAGCAGCAGAUAGUUCGAGAGACUUUCCAACUGGUUUCAAAGCGGGACGACAACGUUUGCAAUUUCCUUGAGGGAGGCACUCUGAUUGAUGGAAAUGAUUAUCGUCUUAUUUAUCGCCAUUAUGCGACUCUAUACUUCAUCUUCUGCGUGGAUUCAUCGGAGAGCGAGCUGGGUAUCUUAGACCUCAUCCAAGUUUUUGUCGAAACUCUGGACAGAUGCUUCGAAAACGUAUGCGAAUUGGAUCUGAUUUUCCACGUAGACAAAGUGCAUCAUAUUCUUGGCGAGAUUGUAAUGGGAGGAAUGGUGUUGGAAACAAAUAUGAACGAAAUUCUACUGCGUAUACAAGAACAAGAAAAACUACAAAAGGCUGAGGCCGGAAUAGCGGCUGCUCCAGCUCGAGCAGUUUCGGCUGUGAAGAGCAUCAAUCUUUCGCAACAGCUCAAGGACAUCAAACUACCUGAUUUGCCUUCGCUUUCUCAUUUGAAGAAUGCUUUUUGAUUGAUAUAAUU